GCUCGUUUCAAGAAGACAGAUGUACUGGUGCAGCUGCCUUAAGUCAAUUCAAUAAGGUUUAUGUUUAAUAUGAUUUCUCACAGGCAAGUAUGUACAACGCCACCACCAACUUUACCAUCACUAGUUGCAAAGUGGAUACCCUUCAGGGUUUGGCUUACUGUCCAGUGUUUCUUCUGGGUUUCCUUGUCAAUGCUGCUGCUCUGCGUGCCUUCAUUGCCAAACGGGCCUCCUGGACAGACACCCACAUCUACAUGCUCAACCUGGUUGUAGCUGAUACUGCCCUCAUCCUCUUCCUUCCCUUCAGGAUCUAUGAUGCCUUCUUCUGCCUGCCCAGGACUCGCUUGUGUACUUUCCUUAUGUUCUUACAUUUCAUCAACAUGUAUGCCAGCAUGCUGACAACCACGGCCAUCAGUGUCCAGCGCUACCUGGUUAUAACGUUCCCACUGCAGGCCAGAUCAUGGAGGAAGAAGAAAGAGAUAGCUUUUGCUGUGUGUUUGCUCUUUUGGGGACUUCUUGGGACAGCAGGCAUUAUAUUCCGAAAGGACAAUUACCCGGAAAAACUCUGGACCUGUUAUGAAAGAUGUAAAAAUCUGCCACUUAAUCCAAAGUUGAUGGUCAUUCUGGUGUUUCUAGGCUACAUCGUUCCACUGUUUAUUGUUGUUUUCUGUUCCAGUUGCAUCAUCCGUAUUCUGUUAAAGGUGAAUGACAGGCCAGAGGAAAAGCAAAGCACCAUUGGCAUAGUCACAGCCAACAUGAUCGUUUUCAUUGUCUGCUACACACCGAUCCAUGUUGGCUUUGUUGUCAACUACUACAACAAAUUACCAGAAAACUGGAAUAUUGAAUACUUACCUGCACAUGUGUAUUUACUUGUGUCUGAAUGGAUUGCUUCCACAAACUGCUGUUUUGAUUCCAUCAGCUAUUAUUUUCUAUUGAAACGCUUUUAUUCAUAAGUACGUGGGAGUACAAGCAUUUUAGACUGCACAAUGAAGGCCUAAAAUAAAUGAUAUUUUUGAAGGGUUACUUCACUGAUCUCACACAUCAAGUUCAGUUUACUGGUCAUGAAAAGUAAUAUUUAGCCUGUAUAAUGUACCUCUGGAGGGAAAAUAUCUACAACUAGUAUCUUGGCUUAACAUUUUUGACAUAAACAUGCAUUACAAAUUGGAGGUGUGGGGUUUGAAAGAAGUGGACAUUAAGGGGUUUACAUGUUGCAUGACGCAUGGAAAUGCCAGUCGUGCCGGGGGGGGGGGAGUCGCGCUUGGUUUUUGACAAUUCUUUAAUUUUAUUAUGUCUCUUGAGAGCCCUAAAACCUUUUGAAUGCGCAUUACCAAAACGUGUGAGUACCCCUUUAAAUUUGCAAAACUGUCUGACUAAUUGCAACGUCUAUUAUUUGACCAUUUUUCAUGAAAUGUGUAAGCUAUGGAAAAAUAAACUUCUCAGCUUGUUC